AUGACACUAUUACGUAUAUUGUGUUUACAUGGUUAUCGACAAAAUGGAAAUAUAUUUCGAGAAAAAACAGGAUCAUUUAGAAAAUUAUUAAAAAAAUAUGUGGCUGAAUUCGUUUAUAUUGAUGCACCACAUCUUAUUCCAAUACAAGAUAAUACAAAUGAACAAGAUACUGGCGCGACAGCAUCAAAUCGGUCAAAUGAAAGGGGUUGGUGGUUUUCUUCAUGUGAUCAAACCUAUGAUCCAUUAGCAACAACAUCAUGUGAUCAAGGUUUUGAACAAUCAUUAGAAUAUGUAAUGAAAUAUAUCGAUGAACAACAAAUACCUUUCGAUGGUUUAUUAGCUUUUUCACAAGGGGCUGCUUUUGCUACAUUACUACUUACUCGUUUUGCUUCAACAAAAUAUCCUUUUCGAUUUGUUAUAUUAGUUGCUAGUUUUAAAAGUGGUCAAGAACAACAUCAAUUUAUGUAUAAUAAUCUUCAAAUUGAUUUACCUAGUUUACAUGUUGUUGGACUUGGUGAUCGUGUUAUACCUUGUCUUAUGUCAGAAAAUUUAGCAAAUGAAUAUUAUAAAAAUGCUGAAAUAUUACGACAUGAUGGUGGUCAUUUUAUUCCGACGACAUCGGAAGCUAAAUUAACAUAUACACAAUUUCUUGAGCGUUUUUUAUAA